AUGGCAGGCGAAAACAAGGUUAUGUUUCAUGAAAUGGAAUUAGAUGAUCGUUUACUUAAGGCAAUAUCACAGCUUGGGUGGUCAACUCCAACAUUAAUUCAGGAAACUGCAAUACCUCUGCUAUUGGAAGGAAAGGAUGUUCUUAUGAGAGCCAGGACAGGAUCAGGAAAAACUGCAGCUUUUACUAUUCCUGUAAUACAAAAGAUACUAAACUUAAAAAACACAAGUUUACAUCAAUGCAUAACGAGUCUUAUUUUGUCUCCCAGUAAAGAAUUAUGUGGCCAGAUAGCUUCAGUUGUAUCAGAGCUAACACUAAAAUGUUCAAGAGAAGUCAGAUGUAUAGAUAUAUCUUCCAACACAAACACCCAAAUCCAAAAGUCUCUUCUGUUAGAUAAACCAGACAUUGUGGUAGCUACACCGGCAAGAGCAUUAGCACAUCUUAAAGCUGGAAACAUGAAACUCAAAGAUGAUUUAGCAAUGCUAAUUGUAGAUGAGGCUGACCUUGUAUUUUCAUUUGGCUACGAAGAUGAGGUGAAAGAGCUCUUGGGGUAUUUGCCAAAGAUUUACCAAGCUGUGUUAGCUUCAGCUACACUAUCAGAUGAUGUAAUCAACCUUAAAAAGAUAGUUCUUAGGAACCCAGUGACAUUGAAAUUGGAGGAACCUGAAUUGGCACCAUCCUCCCAACUACAACACUACCACCUGUUCGCGGAGGAAGAUGAUAAAGCGGCAAUAUUAUAUGCCUUGCUGAAACUUAAUUUAAUAAGAGGCAAAAGCAUUAUCUUUGUAAGAACUGUGGACAGAUGUUAUAAAUUAAAAUUAUAUUUGGAACAGUUUAAAAUUGGCUCUUGUGUUUUGAACUCUGAACUGCCAGCUGCCAUACGAUGUCUGUCUGUGGACCAGUUUAACCGAGGUCGCUAUCAAAUUAUUGUGGCCUCAGAUGAAAAAGCUUUAGAAAAACCCGAUGGAGGAUUACUUAAAGGAGAAGAAAUUGGCAAGAAGAAUAAGCAAAAAUCUAAACGUAAAAAAGACAAGGAGUCCGGAGUAUCUCGCGGUAUUGAUUUCCAACACGUAGCCAACGUCAUCAAUUUUGAUUUCCCGCUGGAUGUCACAUCGUAUGUACACCGAGCAGGACGGACGGCACGCGGACACAAUCAGGGAUCAGUGCUAUCAUUUGUAUCAAUAAGAGAGAAACCUUUACUAGAAGAGGUGGAGGCUCACUUGUCCAAAGGGUUCAACAAUCAGGAAGUGUUGCAAAAGUACUCAUUUGCGUUAGAAGAAGUGGAGGGAUUUCGUUACCGGUCGAGGGAUGCAUGGCGAGCCGUCACUCGCAUCGCCGUGAGGGAAGCACGACUACAAGAGAUAAAGCGGGAACUGCUGAACUGCAACAAGUUAAAGGGAUUCUUCGAGGAAAACCCGGCUGAGCUGGCGGCGAUUAAACGAGACAAGGCCCUACACACGGUCAGAGUUCAAGAACAAUUGGCCCAUGUCCCAGAAUAUUUAGUUCCCGGAGCACUUCGACCGUCUGAACCCGAAGCCAGCGCAGACUGCCCGGCGCCCCCACAAGCAGCUAAAAGAAAGACCCAACACAGUUAUGGCAGCGCUAAACGGCAUAAGUACCAGGCGCGACGCAACAACCCGCUGCAGAGCUUCGAACUAAAGACACUCAAGAAAUCGACAGACACAUAG